UCGUGUCCAACUCGUUGUGACCCCCUGAACCAGAGCACGCCAGGCACUCCUGUCUUCCACUGCCUCCUGCAGUUUGGUCAAACUCAUGCUGGUAGCUUUGAGAACACUGUCCAACCAUCUCGUCCUCUGUUGUCCCCUUCUCCUUGUGCCCUCCAUCUUUCCCAACAUCAGGUCUUUUCCAAGGAGUCUUCUCUUCUCAUGAUGUGGCCAAAGUAUUGGAGCCUUGGCCAAAGUAUUGGAGUGCACACACACACCUACUCAAAUCCCUGCAAAUAUACAAGUUGCUGUCAGGAAUGACGUGGUCCUGGGGGUCCAAUGAAUUCUGCAUCAGCUGACGUUCCUUUUGCCAAUAGGAUUUCCCACUUUUAUCAGACUGGAGAGAUCCUGGUUCAAUUCCUCACUCACCAUGGAGCCCAUAUGGGUGCCUAUCACAAUCUCUCGGCCUACUCUAUUUCACAGGGCUGUUUUAUAAGGAUAAGGUGGGUGGAAUUAUUGCAGAGCAGCUUGAGCCCCCGGAAGAAAGCUGGGAUAAAAAUGCAGUAAAUAAACAGAAUGCCGUAGUUGCUUGAGUAGCAGCAAUUCCGGAGCUUAAGCCUUCUGCAUCACUGUCCCUCCAAGAUUUCUGUGCCUGGAUUCCCACUUAAUGCAACUCUUUCUCAUUAAUAGCAUUGGACCCUGCCUUAAAGUGAGACAGACCAUUGUCCAUUAUUGAAGGACCAGCCACAUCUGCUAUUGGGUCCCCGGAGCACAGAUUCACACAAAGCGGCAAAACGUCCUUGCAGGUUAUUAACAGGAUUUUAUUUGAAGUGCAUAUAUGCAGAACAAAGGUACAGGGCGAUAAGCAACCUGCACACCCAGUCAGGGUGCGCCCCCUUUUUAUAGAUUUGCAGAAUACAAUACCACCUGAUUUCCUGUAAACCGAAACUUAUAGUAAGUUCCUAUUACCAUGUAAGGUCUUGGCCUCCCUCCCUCUUUCCUGCAAUCUCCCUCCUCCUGGGGUUACAAUAAAAUCCAUUCAACCUUGUUCUUUAUCUCUACCCGCCCAACCAGACAUUCCAGCGAGAGGCCCAUUUGCACUGUAACAUUUAAGCAACAGAAAAAACCCCGUCCUGCUGGCUGGUGUAGAAACCUCCCCCCUUUGGGAUAAUAUAGAACAAUAUUGUAAUAUGCCCCUUCAUUAUGGCCAUAUAUAUAUAGCCAGAGUCUUUCUCAGAAAGCAGGUGUUUCCCAUCUCUACCAGCUGGAUGUUAAACUUGUAAUAUUCUGCAUUCAAAACGCAUGCCAUUUUUAUAUGGAUGGUGAACUGCAGCCGGAUGCAGCAAAAAUAUGCGAUGGGACCAACUGACUACCUUUAUCUCUCAGUUAUCAGUAUAAAACUUGUUUUGUGGCUCCAGGAACAAAUUCAGGCCCGUUUGGAUUUCUUGAAGAAAGAGAGACAGGAGCUUCUGGAAUUCAAAACACAGGACGACAAGAAAAGCCAAGACCUUUUGAAAACUAUAGAGACUGAGAGACAGAAGGUCCUCUCUGAAUUUGAAGGGAUGCGCCAGUUUCUGCAUGAACAAGAGCAGCUUCUUCUGGGUCAGCUGGACAAGAUGGAGAAGGGCAUCACCAAGAGGCAGAACGAGAACAUCACUGAGCUCUCCAAGGAGAUUUCUCUCCUCAACAAACUCAUUGCUGACCUGGAAGACAAAAUCCAAGAGCCAGUGCUUGAUUUCCUCAAGGAUGUGACAAGUGCCCUGAUCAGAAGCGAUGACCUUAAAUGUCAGAGGCCGGUUCCUGUUUCUUCUGACAUGAAGGGCCACACCUGCAAUUUCUCUCUGAAGACCGUGGUCCUCAAGGGAGUGCUAAAGAAAUUCAAAGAUCACCUGCGGGAUGAAUUGGGGAAGGGUGAGAAAGAGGAGCUGCUCCUGGACCCAGAGACAGCCAACCACCUCCUCAUCCUCUCGGCGGACCUCAAGGGCGUGAGGAUGGGCUGCCGAAAGCAAGAUCUACCUGACAACCCCAAGCGCUUUGACACCAACUCUCGCGUCCUGUCCACUGAGGGUUUCAAGUCAGGGAGGCAUUACUGGGAGGUAGAGGUGGGGUCUGCCGACGGCUGGGCCUUUGGGGUGGCCAAGGAGUCGGUGCGUAGGAAAGGCUUGACCCAGUUUAGCCCUGAAGAGGGCAUCUGGGCAUUGCAGCAAACGGGAGGGCGGUACUGGGCAGUCACGGUCCCCAAGCGCACCCCGAUUUUCAUGCCCGAGAGGCUCCACAAAGUGAGGGUUUACUUGGACUACGAAGGGGAAGAGGUGUCCUUCUACAACGCUGACAACAUGCAGCACAUUUUCACCUUCAACGUCGCCUUUACGGAGAGGGUGUUCCCCCUAUUCUCCGUUUGCUCCACUGUCACCUACAUUAAACUUUGCUCCUGAGAUCAGCUUCGUUCCAAGAGGGUGGGCAACUACAUUAUUUGUGCGCAAUGAAAACCAUAGCCCGCUUGCUUUCGAUGCCAAGGCGUCCGUCCCUGGGGGCCACCACCGAGGAGGGCCUCGUAGUCACGUAACCUUGUGAUGGCUGCAGGAAAAGUGCUUUGGGGGUGGGAAAUGCUUUCAGAGAGCCAGUGUGGUGUAGUGGUUAAGAGCGGUAGUCUUGUAAUCUGGUGAACCGGGUUCGCGUCUCCACUCCUCCACAUGCAGCUGCUGGGUGACCUUGGGCCAGUCACACGUCUCUGAAGUCUCUCAGCCCCACUCACCUCACAGAGUGUUUGUUAUGGGUGAGGAAGGGAAAGGAGAUUGUUAGCUGCUUUGAGACUCCUUAGGGUAGUGAUAAAGCGGGAUAUCAAAUUAACUCUUCUUCUUCAGAUGCGGCGGGUGGGGCAAGAUGGCCGGGUGUGUGUGUGUCUCCUGCUUAAAACAUUGGAAAGAGGCACUUACCAAUAUGUGUUGAAAGCUAAGCGCUGUGCAAGGCCGUUGGUUUGCCCUAGGUUACUCAGAGGCACGUAGACAACAGGCCUAGAUGCACCCACAACUGCACUAUAAAUUUUAGUGCGCUAUGAUACCACUUUAAACUGUCAUGGCUUCCCCCCAAAGCAUUCUGGGAGCUGUACUUUGUUAAGGGCGCUUUAGGAGAUGCUAAUUCCCCUCACAGAACGACAGUUUCCAGAGUGGUUUAACAACCCAGGGUUUCCCGCCUAAAGUAACUGACGUGGACCUGACUGAAAACUAUAUACAUGAUACUCCUGGUGGCCAGGGUGAGAACUUCAAUACAUAACACAAACAACCCUUUUAAUAACCAUUAAUUAAUGCAGAAUGAGUACUGUAUUGGCUACAACGGGCAAAACAUCCUCCUG